GGGCCGCGGGAGGCGGGGGAAGCAUGGGCCCGCGGCGGUGAGUUCGCAGCACCCCGCCGGUCCGCCCGUCCCCAGGGAGGCCGCGCCGCGGCGGGCGCGGAGUUGGGCGGGAUGGUGCAGUCCUGUUCCGCCUACCGCUGCCGGAACCGAUACGACAAAGAGAAGCCCAUCUCCUUCCACAAGUUUCCUCUUACAAGACCCGAUCUUUGCAAGAAGUGGGAAGCUGCUGUUAAGAGGAAAAACUUCAAGCCGACCAAAUACAGCAGCAUUUGCUCAGAACACUUUACCCCCGAUUGCUUUAAGAGGGAAUGCAAUAACAAGCUCCUAAAAGAGAAUGCUGUGCCCACAAUAUUUUGUUACACUGAACCUGGUGAAAAGUCUGAAGAAUUUGCAGAGCAGCCAGAAGAUCCACUGCCACCUCCUCCACUGCCACCACCUCCACCGCCUCCACCACCACCACCACCACCAGCAGCUCCCGUACUUACACAGUCUCCAUCAACUCCUUCUUUUCAUUUGUCUCAAAUAGAUGCCAGAUUUGUAGAUCCAAGUAUUGGAUUAUUGAUGCCCCCUCUGCAGACCCCCAGCAAUCUUGCUGUUUUUUGCGAUCAUAACUACACUGUAGAGGAUACAGUCCAUCAGCGAAAAAGAAUUCAACAGCUGGAGGAACAAGUUGAAAAACUGCGGAAGAAGCUCAAGACAGCGCAACAGCGGUGCCGGCGUCAGGAAAGACAGAUUGAGAAACUGAGAGAAAUUGUUCAGUUUCAGAAAGAAAAAGACAUAUUGGCAGGAAAAGGCUAUGUGAUUUUGCCUAAUGACUAUUUUGAAGUUGUAGAAGUACCUGCCUAGCAGUCAUGAACAUCAGUUUUCACUUUGGUAGGCCAAGAAAUUUAGUUUCAAAACUAAAUUCUUUCUAAUUCUGUAUGUAAGACUUUCCAGAAUUCUAAAACCGUAAUUAAGCAGUAAUACAAAUAAGAUCGUAUUUUUCUUCAUUGUCAUUUCUGUUUGAUACACUUUUAAUAUAUUGAAGAUGCAAGCAUCUCAGAAUUAGAAUAUGCAAUUAAUUUACAAAAAUCUGAAUUGCUUCCAGAAGGAAAAGAUGCAAGAUUGAAGACACAGGAAAUUUACUUUUUUUACAAUGUUUGUCUUAUGCUUACAGGGGCUGGGAACUGAAUCUGGCUGAGAGUGAAGUUUAGGUGGUUGUACACCUAGUGCUUUGUCAAGACUUAAUGUUGGUUUUGGUAAUCCCCAGUAAGUAGUUUUCACUGAUUUUAGAAAGAACAGAAUUAGGUCAGCUAACAUCUGCAAGUGCUGCAGAAGGAUAGUUAAGAUGCACAUUUCAGUCUGGGAAAACUUCCAACUUCAGUUUGCUAUGCAUUUGAAGCACUGCAAAAAGUCUUGAUUCCUGGAUCCCUUUGGGUGAGGUAUGUAAAUGAACCUCGUCUUUUGGAGUAACUGUUCACCACAUGUGUGUUUUGAGGGUGAUGAGGAGAAUUCAUUAGCAUAGCUAAUGAGAGCUGUAGAAACAGCUUUUGUUUUGAGGGCACUUAAAAAUAGUCCUGAAGUACAGAGCUGAACUGAACAUGUAUGUUACUGCACUGUCGGCAGGAUCAGUAAGAUAAUGUACUGUUUACAGUGACUGCUUGCAAAGGCACAGUGGUAAUAUACAGUUCCAGUAUGUUGUAGGUCAUCUUCCUGUAAGCACUGUAACUGGUAUUGUUCUUGGUUUUGAAAUUAACUCGCAUGUCAACCAUCUGUAGCUUCAGGAAAUGAAGUAAGUUUGUUCUUUAUCCAGGGAGUCAGAUGUUCAUGUCUUUGCAGUACACAGUGGUUUUAUUUCUUUCCUUUUUUUCACUCCCCAAAGGGUAUCCACCAAAGGGCAAAUAGGGAACUAGACUUUGGAGUUGCUUGGUGCUAGACUGGUUUAUAAUAUCUCAAAUGCUGCUGCCUUUUCGUCAGCCUUAUUAAGACUCUUUCUAGUAAUAGAUUUAGCAUGACAAAGUAGUGCAGCAGUUUGCACUUACUUUCUAAUAAUUUAUUUAGUCAAUGAUCUCAUUCAAAAUGAGAGAAAAUGGCUAACUCUAAUGUAGGUUUCACAGCUGAAAUUCCUGGAUAUACGAGACAUGAGGAAAAUUGCUUUUCUCAGUCUGUCAACCUUGUGCACAAUGUGGGUUCUAGCUCUGUUGUUAAACAAGCCUUGUUCAUAAUGGCUUUAAAAGCUUCCCUUAAUAUCCUGUUAGCAUGACAUUUUGAAAUAUUUCAAACCAGUCUUGAUACUUCUGACCUCACUCAUGCCAUGUGUCUAUUUUCCCUACCAUUUCAUACACUUAAAAUGAACAAAAAUGCCAAUGCUUCCUUUUGUGUACAUUUAUUAUACCCAAUUAAAAAUUUGAAAAGCAAAUGAUGUGUUAUAUUUUUAAUUACUCUAUCUUCUCUUUUCCCAGGGUUUUGCCAAAAUUGUCUUGACAUUUUGCAUUUUUAUUUUCUACUAGUUUCCUUGUUUAGAUGCUGGGUUCCCAAGACUUGUUGCUGUUACACUUUGUGUUUAAAAUUGGUAAAAUUCAAAAGUGUCAAGGAAAAGACAUAUAAAAAACUGUUGCUAUGCUGUUGGCAUGUGUGCCAGAUAGCAGAUUGUGUCUGCUUUCUCUGCAGAAUACCCUCUCUUCUUACUCUGCCGGAAUUUCAAGUGUGACUUCCUGAGGCACAGUGGAUUGCUGCAACACCACACUCCCUGCACCCCAGCACUUGGUUGUAUACUCCUGCUACCACCCUUCUUAGGUUCUCCAGUUCUGGUGGUUUUUAGAUAGACCCUUCUAUGGCGCACUUCAGCUAACUAAAGCAGCAGGUUUAGCUUGUACUGGAGAGGCAGCAGAGGGCCAACAGUACCACACCUGGUACAAGUUAAAGACAGGGCCAAAAGUGGGGCAUGAAGAGAAAAAAAUCCUUUCCUAUGGGUGCAAAGAGCAUUAUGUUAGCUUCUUAUGAAAAUACGUGGGUAGCUUCCUACUCUGAAUGUUCCACCUGGGCUAAGCUUCCCUGCUUCCUCCCCACCUUGUGCUCUGCCUUCUGUCUCUGUUGGGCCCUUCCUUGGGGUGUUUUAGCUCCAUAACCCUUCAGGG